UCCGACGGGCGUGCGACAAGAGAGAGAAUCGCGUUCUCAACUUCUCGCAAAUCGUGGAUAUUGCGGACGUGCGAUCUCAUACUACGAACGGGAUUUUUUCCCAUAAAACGAAAAAUAAACUCUUAACACACCAUUUUCCACACAAUCGUGUUUUACCGCAUUAAAACGAAAACGACUUUCACCGGAUACAUCGAUAAUUUGAUUAAAAAGCAAGGGGGCUCGCAAAUUAUCCCACAUAAUAUUGAAUUUAUACCACAAUGUAUCCGUGCGUUUGGUCAGUUACCGAUAUAUCUGUGUGAUGUACUGUGUUGUUCGUUUAAGUGACAAAGCAAAAGCGUUGGCUCCCAUUCGAGACUAUUAUCCUAUUCGUGAUUCCGUUGGGCCGGGAACUGGCCACUUGGUUUAGUCGCCGCGGGGACUCCAAAGCGGUAAAUACGGAGGCGCAGAUCCUGCUUCGCAUCAUUUAUCGUCAGGAUUGCGAUUUAAAAAUGGUGCAGCAAGAUUUGACUUAGGCAAGUCGGACUCAUAUGUUGAAGCGGUAGUCGGGAAUGGCUCGGGGUGGCUCACGGGUGUGAGCUCCGAGAGAGCUAGGGACACUCGGCAGUCAAGUGUAGUGUUGUGCAGUGUCUAGUCAUAGUGUGUGUGUGAGUGACGGUGGAGCCGGGAUGCCCUCCGUGAUGUUGUCAGCCGUGCUUGAAGAGGAGCCCGACUUGUAUGAGGCGUUCCCCCCUCAUGUAGACCCCACCGGUAUCACUAUCCUCACUGAUAGUCCUCCAGGCAAGAAAGCGCCCCUCAAAUCGUUUGAGGAGAUCCAGCCCCUCAUUCACCAGGGCCGCAAGCGCGAGCUCAAGCUUCUCAUCAGAGAGAACUCGUGGCCGAUCAACAGCCCUGUCCGCGCCUCCCUGUGGCCCGCCCUCUGCAGGCAACACCAACAUGGAAAGUCCAUGCUCGACGGAUUCUACUGGGACAUGGUUACACAGGUGUUCGGCACAGUUGAGCUGCCGGACAAGCCGAUCAUGCUGCCUCCUUUCGUGGAGGCGACCCACUGUCUCGGCUACCACCUGACUCGCAAGGGUCGGGCGGUCGCUGACAGGGUGGUCUCGGUCCUCGGGUACGCUUGCCCCGACAUCACUUACAGUCCAAGCCUGUACCCCAUUACUGCUGCUCUGCUACACUUUAUGCCAGAGGAAGAAUGCUACCACUGCAUGGCGAGCUUGGUGGCGUCCAAGGAGAAAAUGUUUAUAACACAAACGAAACUACUCAACGAAGUUACAUGGAAGACUGUUAUGCAGAUCGCUAAGAAACAUGCCAAGUCAGCGGCGCAGCAUCUGUCGCGGCUGUCGGGCGCGAUCGGCCCCGAGCGGAUCUACGCCGACUGGCAGUGGUGGAUCCUGGCCGCGCUGCCCUUCCCGCACCUCGUCAGGGUCCUCGACUGCUUCUUCCAUGAAGGGAUCAAGGUAUUCUACAGAGUGGCGCUCUCGAUCCUCAUUCUGUUCAACAAGCACGCUUCGAACCAGAACUCGGAGUGGUACGCCGAGGCAACGAAGAACGGCGUGGACCACGCCAUCGACAAGUUCUGCAGGAACAUGCCCGCGUCGCCCACCAAGCUGCUCAGGACCGCUUUCAGUAUAAGGGCUUUAAGUUCACAGUACAUAUCGCGGGUGUUCAUCAAGACUGAGAUGACCCUCAAGUCGAAGCAGGUGAUCACGGGGUCGCGGCUGGUCCGCUCGCGCUCCUCCGACAACCUGCCCACCAGUCAGUCGCAAGUCAACAUCCAGAUGAUGUCCCACACGCUCACCAUCCGCGAGAGAAUGUCUGAGGAAACAUGCAAACAAAUGCUGUUCACUCUAUGGUCGUGGUUGCCGGUUCGCAUCACUAUGUACCAGCCAGUGUUGUUAUACACGACCGAGGAGCACGGUUGCUCGCUAACGACAUUCUACGUGCGGGUUGAGCAUCAUGAACCUACGUUGCUCAUGAUCAAGACAUGUAACAACGAAGUGUUCGGCGCGUACUGCUCGACGCGGUGGUUCGAGCGCAACCAGAAGGACGAGCGCGGCAACCGCCAGGCUUACUUCGGCACCGGGGAGACAUUCCUCUUCAGUUUGCAUCCACUGCGGGCCAAGUACCCCUGGGUGGGCUGUCUGCAGGAAGACACCAAGGUCGAAGGCGAGGCUGAGGCCCGCACCCCCCACGCCAACUCUCUCUUCAUGGCCGCUGAUAACACUAUGAUCACUAUCGGUGGAGGUGACGGGCAGGCGAUCUGGAUGGACGAGAACAUCAGGUUCGGCAAGACGGACCGCUGCUCGACGUUCAACAACCCGCCGCUGUGCCCCAGCGGGGACUUCGAGAUCCGAGUGUUGGAGGUGUACGGCUUCUCCGGCGCGUAGGGGGGGGGGGGGAAUCUCGGCCGCCAUCACAGACUGAACGUGGAUUCCUAAUAUUUAUUCUGCAAUGUUCUCUGUGUGGACCCCGUAGCUGUCCUUCACUAUUCAAGCUGUCCGAUCAAGACAACGAAGACGGGGAAAUGUAGGUUGUUAAAAUAUUUACUCGUGUUUAGAUUGUGUAAGUACAAAAAAAUUUUGAAUGUAUCGUACCUACUCUUAAUGGAUAAAAUACGCUUAUUAUGAAAGCAAUAUGUAUUUGUGGGGAUCAGCCGUGCGGUGGAACGUGGUCGAUGCGAACAUUCCAGUGGUGACGUCAUCAGCGGGACGCCGACAGUGAGGGACUGGUCACUCUGUACGACUUGUAACGCGGAUAAGGUCCAAGCAACAGUAUUUUGGUAUCGCUAAUGUUCAUAAUCGCUUGUAAGGAUUAUACUCAGUUACGCUGUCGUUGCUCACAAAAAUGUACCAAAGAGUUUUUAUCGUAGAAUGAUUAUUGUUCUUGUUGCGAUGCUUUAUCUCAUGUGGCGAUGUAUCUCGCACUGAAAUCGUGAUUUUGAACAAAUAUAGUAUUUGUAACACCCUUUAUCAGAACUUGGCGACGAUUGUUUAAUCAAUUUUCACUCUUCUGUCGAAGAGUUAAGGUUCAUCUCGACACUGCCAUCGUUCGCAGUCAAAAUAGUAUUAUUUAUUAUGUAUGUCGAACGUGAUGUGCCAAAAUCGGACCAUAAACGAAUUGGCUUAUUCUAAACACCGGAUAUUAUUAUAUUUGAUCCGGUAUUUUAUUUCAUUUCCUACAUAAAUGUAUGUAAAGGUAUUUUACAAAUUGUAUUUUUACCGACGAAACGUAAGUGAAUUAGUUUUUAUCGAAGCGAAGUUGAAAUGUGUCGAAAUUAUUUAAGUUUAUCGUAUGUUCGUGUUGACUUGUCGGAUCGGACGCGUCGUAUAUGUGAUUAAAUGUAAUCCCUUACUUUAGCUCAGCCUAUAGAAUUUUCAAUAUCAAUCUCAGUGUUAAAUGUUUAAAAUAAAAUAGAAUUUAUAAAAUACUUCGUUAAUUAAAUAGUAAUAAAGUGAUUUACGCACGACGCGUCCGAUCCCCGCGACAAGUGAACACGAACUGAUGUUGCAUGCAGGCAGUGGGUACAGCCCGCACAUGUACAGUACACGCCGACAUAUCUGAUGGUACAAAGUGUUACCUUCGUUCGUGUCACCCGCGGCUUUUUCCGCUACGAUUUAUUUGUAAAUAUUAUUUUGACGCAGUCCUCUAACUACCUGACCAUGUUAACACAACACCUUCACAAUUCACGCGGUGAGAGGCCCGAACGGAUUGUUAUGUAAAAAUGUUCACAUGUACCUGAAUAAUGUGUUUAUAUAUUAUGUGAAGUUGUGAAUGUCGUUAUGUAUUGUACCCACACAAAUAUUAUAUCGUUCGGUAAUAUAGACAUUCUAACUUUUAAUAUUUAUAAGGUAUUUUUGGAGGAGGUUAGUUUAAGAUAGCGAUUUGAACGAUCAUAUAAUUUUACAUGGUCUGUUCAAUAUAAAAUGCGCGUUGUUGCCUCUAGAGCCGCAUACGGCUGUUCCUUCUAGAUUAAGGGAUCCAUACAAUGUUGACGCGUGAAUUGUAAACGUGGCUGCGAGACAUGGUCGCUACUUAGACUACUGCGCGUAGCGAAACUGGGUUUUGUCAUGGUACUACAUGCUAUAAUUAUGUUAUUCAGAAGCCUAAGAAUCGUUUUAAAUUGAAAUAAUUUAUGUAACUUAUUGAGUAGGUAACAUGUAACGUUUAUAUGUAUGUUAUGGUGCGACUCGUUGCGGGCGACGGAUAUCGGUCACAAGUGUUUUUGUUUUAGUUAGCGGAGGGCGGGGGCGUUAUGUUCGGGUCGCCCGCUCGGAGGCCGCUCGCGAUAUGUUGCUGUUAGCCAAUUUGUCGUUGAUCAGUGUAAAGUCUAGUCUUUAUUCUGUUUUUAUUAUCUCUAACGAUAUAUUAUGUAAACUAUAUACAAAUUGAUAUUUAAAAAGUUCGUGCGUUUUUUACCCAGUCGUGGGUUACGUAGGCUCGUGGUUAGUUAGUUUAUAAGUACAUUUAAUAUAUGUAAAUUUAUUAAUCUCCUUUUUCCUUUUCAGUAUUGUGUCGUUUUUUAUGUGAGGAGCAUAUCAUUGUGUGAGCAGUAUGACAGAUGUGAAUGUAUGAGCUUUGUUUUGUUAUUAUGUACUGUUACAUUCGAAUAGUUUUAGUCCGGUGCGCACGCGCCGGUGUAAAACUCGUUUAUGGUAAUGUAAAUGUUGCUUCAUAAUGUGUAAAAAAAUAUAUAAUCCUAUAUACA